AUGAGUGCUUGUAUCACUGCAAAUCGCCGAAUUUUGGUCAAUAUUAUAAAUAUGGAGAAUCAUGAUGUCAAAACGGUAAUGGAGAAAGUGUCGGACGGCAUUGAUAAAGUACAUGACGUGAAGGGCGUACAAGCAGAGCCGACGCCUGCGGCGUCAUCGUUGUCAUUGCCUGUUUCGGAACAAGUGUCGCUCUCUACCGGAGAAAAUAUCAACAAAAAUAAUUAUAUUAAUAAGAAAACCUGUUCUAAAUUAUUAAUAAAAAAUUCUGGAAAAUUUGAAAGUGGUAGUGGUAGUGGAGAUCAGGAGGGAGGUCAGCAUGAAGAUGGAAUUGAUAUUGCAGCGAAAAAAAGAAAAACUCGUAGAGGUAAACCUAAACAUAGAAAAUUAAAACCAUAUUCAAAACAACAAUUAUCAUAUCAACAACAGCUGCGAUAUAGAUCUAGAGGUCGAUUAGCAAAAACUGGUAGACAACCUCCAGCACUAUAUAACACCACACAAUUUCUUAUGGAUGAUCACAGUGAUCUUCCAGAUCUUGACCAAAAGCUUUCAGAAGCUGCAUCAUCAGAAUUACCUGCUACAUUUCAAAAACCAUCAGCCCCUUCUCGUACUCGAGAUUCUAGUUUCAGUGUUGACUCUGAUGAAGAUUAUUUUUAUUCGUCUCCAGAAGACGAAGAAGAAUUCUUGACAAAGGAAUUCUCAACUGCAUAUGAAGAUCUUCAUGCUGAAAGAUUAAGCACAUUAAGUAAAUCAGAACUGAUACAGGAAUAUCUGCAAUUAGAAGCAAAAGUAGAUUUAUUAACAAAACGACUACGUGGUAAAAAUUUUCAUCAAACAGAACAACGAGACUUGGAAAGCAACAGUAGUAGUACAGAUUCAGAAUCAGCAAAAAAGUUAAAAAUCUGUCAACAACGAAUUGAUGAUUUAAUGCAACAAAAUGAACAAUUAAAACGAGAAAAUGAAUUAUUAAGAGCUAAAAGGGACGGCAGUCCAGUUUCAAGUGUUGAUAGCGAAAGCGACAGUGAUAGUACAAGUAAUGAGAAUAGAAGCAGAUGUAGUUGUCUCCUUCCAAAUUCUAGCUCUUCUUCAGAACUUAUGGGAUAUGUUUCUAGAAGUAAAAAUAGUCAAAGAAAAGAUAGUUCUGUCUCUAGUACUGAUAGUAAAAGUGAUACUUGUGAUAGUAGUUCAAGUGAGAAUUCUAAAGCAUCUAUGACCCCAGUUAAUCUUUCAAAUGGUCAUGUAACCAUUCAAAAAAUUGAUGGUCUCCCUACAUAAAUUAUAAAAAGCUGUUUUUAUACACCACCAUAUAAAAAUCCACUGAAUGUUUUAUCUAUUGAAUUAACUUACAAGUCAUGUUAAAUAUGUCAUUGGUCCUGCAUAUUUGCUUUAAUCCUACCAAUUAGGAAGCAAGACUGGUUUAAAUGCAAUAUUGCAUUUGUGCAGUAAAAAAUCCUCUUUCGAUAUAAGAUAUGUAACCUAGAUUAUCCUUAAAUGUGCCCUUAUAAUUUACUUCCCAUUUCUUUUAAAACUGUUUUGUGUAAACUUAAAUAUGUAAUGGAAUAGGAAAUACAUACCUAAUCUUAUGAAAGAGUAAAAUUUAUAUCUAUGCAGGCUAAAGUAUUACAAAGAGUUGUAUUUAUAUUUGUGGUGUAUUCUCUAUAUUUUAUCUUCAUUUGGUAACAAAUGUGAUGCAAUUAAGUAAUUGUCUUUUAGUAGUCUGUUUUCAAUGAACUGCCAUUUGAUGGUACAAAUGUAUAAAUUUGGGGUUUACAGACCAUCAACUAAUAAGUUAUAAAACUAGAUCUAAUUAAAAUAAAACUAUAUUAAUAAAUUAAUAUUAAAAGUAAUGUGAUAUUGUACAAUUGUAUAAAUUAAAAAUUAUUAUAUUAGAUAUUAGUUUAUGGUCUGAACAUAAGAUAUGUUAAAAAUAUUUCACAUAUUUUAAAUUUUUAAUAAAUUUCAAAGUUUCUCUCU